AUGUCCAAAAAGGACAAAUUUUUCUUUGCUAGAAUUUUAAUUUUUGUACACAUCGUUUUAGUAUUAACUGUAUUAUCAUCAGGAUCAUUGGCUGGGCUAUACUAUUCCCAACCUUAUAUACAUGUAUCUUUAAAGAUUCCACAGGAUAACGUCAACACGUGGCACAUUUUAUCAAAUAAUGACGGUUCCGUUAUCACUGGAGGCAACUUCAAGACUACCAUUUGCUUUUAUAACACUUCCAUCUUUCCUGUUACUUAUGAGCCUGAGAAGAUAGACAUUUUUUACUACCCUAUUGGGGAGAGGCCUUCUUGUAUGUUUCUCCACCCAGAUGACCAUCACUUCAAUCCGCUGAGUGAAUAUCAAAACAUCACUCAGGUUUAUAAUUCCAUCGAUGAGGCCAGCAAGGCAUUUUUUAAGCUGAACGACUUGAAGGUUACCCUAAACUCUAGCAGAUGGGAUUUCACCAAUCCCAAAUACUACGAGUUAAACUGGAAUGUGGGUUUUAAGGUGCCAAAUGAGAGGGCGAGUAUCAUAAAACAGCUAUAUAUGGACUGUGCAAAGUUCAACAAGAUUUUAUUUUCUGUGCAUAUUGAGGAGAACAAAUUGAACUAUUUAUUCAUGAAAAAGAAGAUUAAUAGCACUUUUGAGCUUUUAAUACCAAUGGAUUGCAACUUGGACCAGAGCCUUCACACUUUAUUUUCAUCUCAUAGAUUUGUACGUCAGCCUGUGUUAUUUGGGGAAUUCGUAAACACACAUAUCGCCUUUACCUAA